GAGUCUCCCUGACCCUCCCCUUUCAUUUCAGCACCAUGAAGCUCCUCACAGGCCUCGUUUUCUGCUCCCUGGUCCUGGGAGGCGAGGGCUUCUUCUCCUUCCUGAGCGAGGCUUAUGAAGGGGCUAAAGACAUGUGGAGAGCCUACUCCGACAUGAGAGAAGCCAAGUACAUAGGUGCAGAUAAAUACUUCCAUGCCCGGGGCAACUAUGAAGCUGCCCAGAGGGGCCCUGGGGGCGAAUGGGCUGCCAAAGUGAUCAGUGAUGCCAGAGAGCACUCUCAGAGAGUCACAGACCUUUUCAGGCAUGGAGACAGUGGCUAUGGAGCAGAGGACUCAAGGCGGGACCAGGAAGCCAAUGAAUGGGGCCGGAGCGGCAAGGACCCCAAUCACUUCAGACCCGAGGGCCUGCCCGACAAGUACUGACUCCUUCUGUGUGCUCCCAGGACAGGGGCUGUGAUCCCCCUGAGGGCAGGGACACUGAGUCAUUGAGUUCUACAUCCCCAUUUGCUGACUGAGGGCACCUAAUGGGUGUGUAAUAAAUGCUUAGGAGAUGCAAUGUUGAA